AUGGCCGAGCACGCAGCAGCGGAGAGGAAAGACGCCAGCGCCCAAGUCGCGGCUCACUUGACGGGACCCAACUCCCCAUUCAAGUUUGACGAAGCAGAAAUUCUUGCCAGAUCUGACAACCGCGUGAGCCGCGAACUGCUCGAGCCGUGGGUUUCCGGCCCUGAGUCCAUCAACAAGCUCAAUGACCUCCCCGUUCCAUAUUCGGCGCUCAGACUUAGUCUAGGCGAAGUAGUUAGCCGCGAGGACAGCGUGCGGAUGAUCACUCUUCCCGGUGUCAGCAUUGGCGAGCCAAACUGCUCAAGAGCCCACACGGAUGACGAAAUUCGACAGUCAGCAACUCGACUGCGUGCGAUAAGCGUGGGAAUCGAUAAUCUUGACCGGCACGCCAGCGCAUAGCAACCGCAUGCUUCAACACCUGGCCAGUCGAGCCGUAAUGCACUCGGGAACUGCCAACUGUGAUAGGCAUGUAGCGGCCUAGCAACUACCUCCUAUAAAUACUGCAGCACCUGGGCAAUUUAUCACCCCUAUCUGACUCGUCUCUGAUGAUGGAUUCGAGUGAGAAUCCGAAACGUCGGGCUAAUAAAACUCUUCUUCCAGCGAUCGUGUGUCCUUCUUCGCAGCAUAUUCUCCGAUAUUGUGUCGGUGAAUUUGUGGUGACCCUAAUCCGGACGCCCGCUGCAACACUGCGCCUCUCGAGAGUAAUUGCACGCGCACACCAGCGACAGCUUUUUUCUCGACCAAUCACGCCUGUCCGAACCAGCCAAUCAACUUCAAGGCCGACUCAGACGUGUUGUGGUAUAGACCGAUGACUUUGAGGGCAGCACAUGCGGGCCACGUGAACCGCCGGGGAUAAGUUCUGGCCUAGGAUGAGCUGACAAGGUUUAUUAGACACGCCAACGUUUUCAUCCAAGCAAGGAGAAGAGUUAAACAUGAACAAAUUACAUACUAGGAACAAGAGUCUAGAAUAUCGGAAAACGACACUGCAGGGGAAGGAGAAGGAGGGAGAGACGGUACUGCUAACCCUUGACUUCUGUCAAGCAGUAAGCAGCAAAGAAUAGAUCCCAUAGUGACCUUCUACUUACUAUUGACCUACCAAUCACAUUGGGGUCAAAGUGAAUUAUUUGAAAUUUGCUAAAACACCGCUGAAUUACUUGAGCCUGGUAGUCAUUUGGUGGAUUCCAGAUGUAUUACUUAGGAAAUCCUGCUUAUGCAGUCAGCCUACUUUAUCAGAUUUGAUAGAUUCCAGACGUUGCAGUGGGUUGGGCGGGUAAAAUUGACCCAAAUGUGGCUAAACUCGCGUCGUCCGGUUGGGCAUCGUGGCUCAGAUGGUUGGAGCGUUGAGUGUACUAAAGCCUCCCCUUGCUGUCGUGGGUUCGAAUCCCACCGAGGCACCGAGUUCUUCAUAGUUGAGUCAAAGUAAAACGUAGGGUUAUCGAGUGGAUAAGAUGAUCGAGGACCAUGGUAGCGGAUCGAAUCCGUUAUUAAUCCAGCUUGUCUAGCGUACAAGCAGAUGGUCGACAAUGCAGAAAGCCUUCUCGGCUAGAAAGGAUGGUCACACCAGGAGCCCCGUAGCACAGUUGGUCCUGUGCUAGAUUUCAGGGAGAUUUGAUUUAGGGUUACAGUUAGUGCUGGAGAUAGGUUAGGGGCAGGUGCUGGUGUUGUGUUUACUGUUAGAGAUAGGGUCGGGACACCGGAAUGGUACCCCACUUAGAGUCUAGGAUAUGACCACCCGUAUUACGGAGGUAAUUGCUGUUCCUGUGUCUUGCCGUAAAAGACGUUAUUUGCGUCUAAGGCCUGCUUGGAUGUGCUAGACAAGCAAUCACCAAAACCCCGUAGUUUAAGCAGAAAAAGCUGGGACUUUUAUCAGAAUAUAUCAGGCUACCUAAGUCAAAUAAGUAGACACUUUACAUGAAUACGAUUCAUUCUGGUGUCCUUAUUCCUGUGUCUUUCCGACCACUACCUUCAGUAGCCUCCACCCUGGCUUACACAAUAUUAUGAGGAAAAAGGGAGAGAGGGACUUGCACGUUCGCACCAGUGGCAGUCUGGCUGCCCAGACCAGCCAAUUAAUUUUAAGAUCGCCUCAGGCAUGUUCUUGUAGCGACCGAUGACGUUUAGUAUAGCACAUGCGGGAUACCCUGAAGCACUGGGAAUAAGUUCCGACGAAGAACGGGGUCAACAAGGUUGUUGGACACGUCAGAAUUCAUUCAAGCAACAAGAAAGAAGAUUUGAAGGGGUAAAAAAUAUAUAGGCUAGGAACAGGGCGUUCAGUACAUCGGAAAUCGACAAAUUAUACAGAGAAAGAUGCGAGUUGCACCAAGGGGGGGUGGGGAAUUGACGUCAACAUGCCUGCUAAACAACCAGUGGGGAUGCAAAGCUGGGGGCAGCUGCAAGAGAGAGCCGUGGAAAGUGCCGAUGUGGAGCGUGAGCGGAGUGAGCGUUAGGGGAAUUCGGGGAGACAGUGGGCUUCCCAGGACACCGGCCAUCUUCACCGACACGCUGUUGCACCAUCCCAUCCUGGGUCUGCCCCAUAAGGCGUUUACGCCAUUCGAACAACCCGGUCUAAUUCGUGGGACAUUAAACUCGCUCUGACGCAUCCCCCACUACCAUUCGGGAUGUCGCUGCCAUGGAGGCAGAGAUGUCCACUCGUACGGCAACCAAAUUAUUUCAACUAAAUUGUCUGACUUUCAGUACAGAAUUCAGUAUCCUCUAAACUGGCGUCCUACACCUCCUUCUAUUCGAAGCUGGACCUAAAAGCCAUAGUGACUACGUCCUGUCCAUGGUUUAAGCCGCCGCGACAUAUUCCGCCAGGUAAAAUGUUUUACACGCUACUGCAUGGACUGGAGAAGAAAUGAAACGUUACUGCUAGCGUUUUCAGAGAAUUUCAGUGCUGCUGAAAUGCUGAAGAAAGAGGCAAUUUUAGCCUUGUUGAAUUCUCGCCAUUUUCAAUCGGAUGAAAGAAGAUGCGUUCACUAUGGUCAAAAAGGCUGAGCAGACAAGGAGCCCCGAGAUAUCCUUGUGCUAGACUUGAUGGAGAUGUGGAUUAGGGCUACAGUUAUGGCUGAAGAUAGGAUAAGGACAAGUGUUAAUUGCCGAUGCAAGCGAAGAUGCGAGUUCCAGGAACUAGUUGAUCAGAAGAAGAAGAAGAAGAAGAAGAAGAAGAAGAAGAAAAAGAGGCGAUCGCUGGAACAAGGGCUUUAUUCGCCUGACGUUUCGGACUCUCACUUGAAUCCAUCAUCAGAUACAGUGGCAGAAAAGGGUGACUUGUGCACAGGAAAUCGCAGUAUUUAUAGGAUGCAGUCGCUAUGCUACCGCAUGCUUAUAGCAAUUAGCCGCGCUCCCCUUCGUCAAGAAUGGGUGCCCGCUGGUGCAAUAAUUGCUUGAUGGCCGGCAUGAUUGUUAAUCGCCGAAAUGUCAUCACCCGUGUUAGAUGCUGGCGUGAUGAUUGCUCGGUCAUCUGGCUCACCGGCUUGCGCGCUCCCUGAGUGAUCAAUUACCUUGGCCAGCCUAUGCCUCAGUACGGAAUAUGGAGGGGGAAUGUCAUUGCACUUGUUGAUAGACUGUGGUCCCGUGAACCAUGACUCAAGCAACUCGCGGCUCACGCGAUUAUCCUCUCUCGCGAGAAUUUCGGCCUUAUCGAACUUGAAUGUGUGGUCGGGUCUCGUCGAAUGGGCCGCGACUUGAGAGUUGUCGUCAUUUCUUCAUACCGCUGCCGCGUGUUCGGCAAUUCGCGUCCGGAGCAGUCUUCCAGUUUCUCCGACGUAGUUGCUUUGUCCGCAACUGCACCAGAUCCGGUAAAUGACUCCAGAUGUUUCUUGCCGUGGCAGUGGGUCUUUUGGUCUAAUCACCUGACGCCUCAUGGUGGUCUCCAGUCUGUGUGCCACUCCAACCCCAAGUGGUGCAAGAAGGCGGCUAAUGGCUUCGAAGACGUUCUUGAUGUACGGGAUCGCUCGCCAGAAUUUGGGGUCGGCACGGUUCUGUCUCUCGUCUCGUUUGCGCAUACACCGGUUGACGAAGUUGCGCAGGUAACCAUUUUCUCUAAAAACCCGUCGAAGAUAUUGGGAUUCGGCAACUUUGUCUUCCGGUUCACUGCAGUGCGUCUCAACACGUCGAAAUAGCGUUCUCACGCAACUGCGUUUGUGGCUGAUUGGGUGGUUACUGUUGAAGUUCAGUAUUUGCGUCGUAUUCGUCGCUUUCCUGAACACUUUGGUCUUUAGGCCACCAGAAUCUUUGCGGCAGACGAGGACAUCAUGUUCCUGUGCACAUGUCACCCUUUUCUGCCACUGUAUCUGAUGAUGGAUUCAAGUGAGAGUCCGAAAUGUCAGGCGAAUAAAACCCUUGUUCCAGCGAUCGCUUCUUCUUCUGAUCAACACGUGUUAAUGUUAUGUUCAGUGUUAGAGCUGUAGCAACUAAGCGGUGGAAGUGAGUGCUUAGUGCACUACAAUCGUCAGGCCAAAUUCCAAGUUGAAAGGAGAAGACAGAUAGCACCAGAAUGAGGGGUUUAAUGUAUACAAAGCCCAGAGUUGUCCUCUCAGGCGGCAGUGGCUGCUGACGAAGCCAGGGCUCGUGCUGACUGCGUCCGGUCAUGCCUGAGAGUCUGUGGUACAGUGGUGGCAGCCGCUUUUGUAGGCUCUUGGUCCAAGCUUAAACGGUCUCCAGUCGGUGUGCGUUUACAUUUGCCGAGGGGCGGUGUUCUAGUAGCUUAUGUUUCUGGUUGCAGGGGGUAGGUGCGUUCAAGUGGACGCAUGGGCAGUUGCGACUGGGUGGACGCAGGUAUUUCCGAUCUAAAGUCGGUCGAGUUGCUUCAGGUCAGCGCACCUGGAAUGGUUCGCUUCAAGGAGUGAUCUUGAGGCAACGAGGCCCUGAGCAAUGACUUCAGACUGGCUAUAUUGGCUGUCUGCAGCAGAGUUAGGGUCGGACAGCGGACACCGGGUCCACACUGGAAUCUAGCGCAAAACAGCAUGCAUUACGGGGGUGAUCGCUGUUCCUGUGCCUUGCCGUAAAAAGAUCGGCAUUUCCGCCUAAGUUCUGUUUGAAUGUGGGAAAUGAUCAAUCAGCAGAACCCCUGUCAUUUGCAUAAGCGGAAAAAACUCAGACUAUUAUUAGAAUAUAUCAGUCUACCUGAGUUAAAUAAGUAGACACUUUAUAUGGUUUAUUUCGAAGUUCUUGGACAACCACUUCCAGUCGCCCUUACCCUGUCUUACCAUUCACAUACGAUAUUAUGAGGAGAAAGGGUAAAAAAGAGACAGCGAAGUUGAUGUUGUGUCAGGCACUCCUACCAGGAUCCGGUUUGCCCACAUGUUAUCGCUGCUCGUCAGGCAGCGUUACUGAGUGCCGUCGGCAAACACUACUGUCAGUAAGGUCAUGAGGGCCUCACACUGUAAUCCAACACAUAAAAUGAUAGACUGUCUCUCGUGAUCGAGCACACUGGGAUGCUGCCUUUGUUAAUUCUAAAAAAAUCAGGAGAUCCGAAAGACUAAAUGAUUUUCCAUGGUCAGCCCACUCUUACAUGAUAUUUGGGAAAAUUAUUUGCUAACUGAGCCAAAUGCACACACACACGCACACCCCUCAACGCUGAUAAACUAUUCACCCUCUGGACAGAACAGCCAGUGGGGACAUUCCGAGGACUCUUGGGUGUUUAUAUGGCCCUAAGAAAACUAAAAUGUCAAUGCUGACUGAAACUCGUGAGACGCUGACUGAAGUCCUUACAUGCGCUAUUCGGUUGUGAUGGUUGCAGUACUGAUUACCAAGGAGCUUGCCUCACAGGAGAUGUAUCGGACCGACAUAGAGGUCGUAAUGAAACACCGAAAGAGGUAAACGUAAUGCGCAGAGUUCGCGCAUCCACAAUAGAUGCCGCACUUUGGUGGUUUUAUGACACGUCUAUGCGCGGGCCCUAGGCCGCACUGGUCAUUUUUUCUCGAUUCCAGCAUCAGAUGACUGACCGGCUCGGUCUGAUAGACAGGAAGAUUCAGUUCUAAGUUAAGACCAUUGUUGGGGUGAGGACACCGGAAUACGUACCCGUUUUGAAAUUUAGAGUCAGGCCGCCUGUAUGGCGGGGUGCUCCUAUUCCAUGUAGGCAACUGCUAUGCCCUGAUUCGCAAACCGUGGCCCACGUGGCCUGGCAGAUCUCUGGCAUCUGGUUUCUGCCGGUGGAUGCGCCUGCGCUCCCGCUGGGUAUACAGAUCGUUAGCAUGGCUGCUCCGUUCCCCUCGUCGUCUUUCUGACCCAUUGUGGUGACGUUGCUGGUUAAAGUCCUGGUCAGGCGGAUAUUGUGGACCAGGGGGUGUGGUGGCACGUCUAGCUGCGGAUCUGGUUGCGCCAGUUGCCUGCGAAGUCCAUCACUCACGGUCUUCUUGACUAUAUCUCGUUACCGGGUCCAGACGGAGAGGAGGAGAGAGUGCGGUAGAUGCUACGAAAGUCUGCCGCCACGGCAAACUAUUUCACGCGUCUACUUCACCUGCAGUAGAGCAUGACGGCCGAACUGUCCUCAUCGUGUUUUGCCACGAGAGUUACUAGGUAGAGUUAUAAUACCGAUCAUCACACAGUGUAAUACUAAGGUAUUUCAGUCACUCCAGGAAGUUCAUCAGUGCUCCAUCACCUGCCGUAAUCUGUCGCUGCAGAUCGGGUAUUUAUUCAAUCAGGAAUGGGCGCACACCGAUCUAUUGGCUUCAGGAAACAAACAGGUUCUAUAUGGGUGGCAAAAGUCACGAACAGGCAAGCAAUUACCAGGUCGAAGUCGGCCAAUUCAUAAUGGCAGCGAAGGGGACGGCAGAGAAUUCGGGUAGAUUGAUUCAGUACUGUUUCGGGCUUAUUUUGCCCUCAUUUAGCCAAUCAACAGUCGGGGUCUAGUAGAAGGGUCACAAGCACUUCACCGAACCGAAGUUCAUCAGUGCCCCGCCACCCGUCAUACCCCGUCACUGCAGAUCGGACGCAUGCACGAUGGAGGUGGCAUCCCGAGUCCAUAGAAACUUCCCGAGGCUAAAGUAACCCGGACCAGCAGCAUCCACAACACGCCAAGCGUCCUAACUUGGAAGUCCGACAGUUCGAGCGUCGAUUCCGGCGAUGUCCACCGUGUGCUGCACAGCAAGGUUCAGCAGUCACGGUGACUUGUGCGUGGAUUAUUUUAAUGAUAGUAGACUUUCGCAGCAUCUAUCGCACUCUCCCUUCUCCGCUCCCCACCCGGAUCCGGUGUCAAAACAGAGUCAAGAAGACCAUGGACGGGAGAGGGCGCAGCUGGCUGGUACGGCCGGACCCGCACCUAGGCGUACCACUACAUUUCCUAGUCCAAAACAUGCGUUUAACCAGGAUUUUUCGAACCAGCGGGAGCGCAAGGGCAUCUACUGGUAGGAAAUCAGGUGUCAGGGAACUGCCAGCGUAUACCAGGCUGCGAGGGCCAUGGUUUGCUGAUACUGCCAUAGCACACGUUUUCACACGAGUGUGGAACAAAUACUUAGGAACAAAGCUCUUUGGGUUCGGUCUGUAAGCUGAUAUGGAUUUUCGAGCCGAAGCUCAUAGAGUACUGCGGAAAUAACAACGUAAUAUUAACGAUCUGCUAACAGGCAGUCAGUAGCGUGUAAAUACCGAGUAAUCGAGCAUACUAACCGCAGAGAUAACAAGUAAAAGUUAAGUCACGCGGGUUUCACCGAUCCAUUACGCUUUUAGCUAUUUCACUUGCUGUUGCUGGUAUGAUACAUGAUUCACCGACUGUCGGCCGCUUGUGAAUAUUAACCGGUCAUUCCACAAUAGCUGAUGGAUUUCAGCCCAAAUAUUCAUGCUAACUUUCGGAACGAGCUUAAUGAGCUUCGUUCGAUUGAUUUACACCAAAUUUGCGCACUUCAUUCUGAGGAAAUCAAAAAUUGCAACAUGCAAACUGAAGUUUAUGUACAAAAUAUCGCAUUGAGACAGCUGGGGGACCCACUGAUGAGCCAACCCCGUCGCAGUGACGUCAUGCGGCGAAACUUGCAGGGCUGGGCUUCUGGCUGGCACUUAUGCUGUUAGUAAGUAAUUCGUUCAGUAUUUGCGCAUGUCAUUUUUCCAAGUGAACCAUACGUAAUGGCAGAGCUUUACUCCUAUGGUUUAAAGCGAAAGAGAACCAGGACUUAAGCAGAAUUAGCAUAAACACGUCCGUAUUCCUGCUGGCAAAGAUCAUUAAAGUUUCUUUCUAGGGACAGACGGAAACAAACAAGGACAUCGUUUCUGUUCCUUAAAAACGAUUUCCCAAUGCGCACAAAACGAAUGCCCGCUCCAGGGGCUACAAUCGGACAAUCUCCCCUUUUAUACUUUUUCACCAAUCGGAAUUCUAAAAAAAGGUUUCAGUCGGUCUUUCUGCGUAUUUUUGAAUGGAACCCUAAAAAACUCCCUACGGGCCACUCUUCGACCGAGGUGAUUUUGGAGUUAAAAUCACCAUAAUAUGGUUGCUUCCGUGAUCUAAAAACACUAGGGGAAUCUAUCAAACCGACAUAAACCAAGCUAAUAGGGUACCGUUUUUCUAUUGCUUGCGGGCCUAUGUAAAAAUCAAACGAAUCGACUGUAUUGGCUGGAAAUACAAAGCGUAAAAAAUAGUCGUAGACAAGCAGGCAAACAAAAAUACGCUGAGUUUGUUUCGAUGUGAUUGCCACAAAAGUUAGUGGUCGAACAAAGCGACUAUAUGGAAGAACGAUCAAAUUCACUAGUAAAAACGUGGUUGGUUGUUCUUUCGAAAUGGAUUGCGAAACUGGCUUGAGUUUGACACGAGAAUAAAGGAGUCCUUGUACUACAGGUUGUCUUAGAGUAGAUGGCCGAACUCAGCAAAUGUUAGUCGAAAUUCCAAAAUGCGUUUUCGUUUCAAAAAGAUUAAUUAGGUUGGGUUGUAAAACCAAUCAUUAUGCAGCACAAUUCUAUAAUAAUUCGGUUACCCCAAGCCGCUGGCUUCUGAAAAAAACGUCUUUCCGGCUGAAACCAUAUAUAAUAUUCCGUGAAAACUGACAACUUAUAUAGCAUGCACUGUGUCGUACACUUUAUGAGGAGCAGUGGUAAAAGGACAGGUAUAUUGCUGUAUGAAGAGACAUCGCACCGUCUUAAAAAUCGCAUAAUCAAAGACUAAUUAAGUAGAGUUGUAAAACUGGUCAUCAUCUAGCGUAAUUCUACAAUAAUUCAAUGACCUCAGGGGGCCGGCUUUUGAACGAACUUCUUUCCGGCUGCAUGCAUGAACUAUACUCUGUAAAAAGUGACUACAUAUAUAGCGUGCAUUCUUCUCAUCGAUAUUCGAUGCUUUUUAAAAAUCCAAUUAUGUUUCGUAGAAAACAGGCAAAAAAGUAUUCAUUCUUUUACUCGUUUGGUGGAGAUUUACGUUUAUUUUAAAUUUUAUACUUGAAGAAAUGAUAUUAUUCGGUUUCUGAAAAGUUUCUAAUAGUGAGAUUUUUUAUUACAGUGAAAUGCCCUUUCACAAAACAUCGUGUCUCAUCAAUUAUUAGUGUGGCUUCCUAAGUUUGCAAUAUGGCUCAAAUCCACAGCUAAAUUUUGCGAACCCUAGAUAGUCUCCUCAUAGGACUGUAGAGAAAUGCACGGUUUUCCGUACAUGGAAACUAUAUAGCUUGUAGUUUGGAAGCCUUGAAUACCAGUGUAACGGCAGGUCGGGUUCAAAAUCAUUCGGGAAUUGAGCAAGUUUUAAAAAACAACGUUAUAGCAUUUUUCCAAGUAUAAAAUUUAAAGGAAGCGUAAUUUUCUACCGAAUGAGUAGAAGAAUAAAUAGAUUACUCAUGCUUUCUAUGAAAUAUAAUUGAAUAUUUAAGGGCAUCGAAAAUCAAUGAGAAAAAUUCAUGCUAAAUAAGUAGUCAUUUUUUACUUAGCGUGAUUUAUGCAUGUGGAUGGAAAGAUGUUCGUUCGAAAGUCGGCCUCCUGGAGUAAAUGAAUUAUUAUAGAAUUAUGCUGCUUGAUGAUUAGUUUUACAACCUUACUUAAUUAAUCUUCUCAAAACUAAAACGCAUUUCGGAAUUUCGGUUGACAUUUCAUGAUUUUGUCCACUUAUUGUGCAGUAGAGUCUAAGUGGCGCAUUCAGGGUUUCCAAACUACAAGUCGUAUAUUUUCCGCGUACGAAAGACCGUACAUUUCUGCUUUAUAAAUAGAAGACCAUAUGAGGUUCAUAAAAUUGAGAAGUGGAUUUGAGCGAUGUUAUGGACUUUACAAACGACAUUAAUAAAUAUGGAGACAGGAUGUCUUAUAAGCGGACACUCUUUGGUUUUAGAAAAUCUCAUAAUUAGAACUUUCUAAAUCCAAACUAUACCCUGACUUCAAGCAUAAAAUUUGAAGAAGACGUAAUUUCCUACCAAAUGAGUAUAAGGAUAGAUGCUUUGCAUGUUUUCUCUGAAAUGUAUUUGAAUUUAUAAUGGCAUCGAACAUUGAUGAGAAAAUUCAUACUAAGUAAAUAGCCAUUCUUGAAGGUGGCCAGAAAGAAGUCUGCUCAAAAGCCGGCACACUGGAGUAACUGAAAUAUCAUGGGAUUAUGUUGCAAGGUGAUUAAUAUUACAACCCUACUUGGGUAACCUUUCCGAGUCGAAAACACAUUUCGAAUUUCGGUUAACAUUUCAUGACUUAGUACAUCUAUUGCAUUUCAAUGAACGAUUUCUGUGGAAGAGACGAUGUUUCCGCAGACUAGGUAUCUUUCAUCUAACAAAUUGCGGCUGCCGCCUGUAAGUAUAUUUUACAACUAAAACUACCUUAACUUCUUUCUCAUAAAGGUCGCGAUGUAGGAUUCAAUCCAGAAGAUGUUGAAAUCAUGCGAUCCAUUCUCUCUGGAGGCUACCUCCUGGACCUCAGCGGUUGUGCUUUGUCACGCCUGCCAGAAAGAAGGCUCCUUCUUGAGUGUCUUUGCGAACUCAAUCUGUCCUACAACAACUUCGAGGUGAGCCUCAUGCCAGUUAUUGGUUUCUAGGCGCUGUAGUGUCUACCUGAGGACAUUUGCGCCCUAAGGAGUCUACGCGUGCUCAGCAUGAAAAGCAAUCCGAUGAGAGUGAUACCCAACUGUGUGCAAAGUCUUUCAAACCUGAAAUACCUCGAUGUGUCCUUCUGUCUUCUGGAAGUCCUGGAGUUCGGGUAAGACAACUGUUUGUCGUCCCCUCUCUGCUCAUGGCUCUUGUCAUUAGAAGAUGCAUAAACAUGCUGAUAACGUCCGAUAGCUCGACUAUUAGUGACGAUGAGGUGUUUUCGAUGACCGGCGCUUGACUAUACAAGGACUAGUUUCGAUUCUAAAGAUAGGCUGGUGAUUCGGAAGUCCAUUUGGCCUAGUUUUGAAAGCCUUGGCGAUUUCGAGGGAAUUCGAACCAAGGACUUGUACACAGCCAGCGUUCAAACCACCUGAUCUACGAGGUCUCCCCUGCGAGCCGUGGGAUUGAUCAUAUUUACAGUAAGUGAUCGACCUCAUGAAAUGUUGGCUGAAAUUCUGAAACAAGUUUUCGAUUAGGAAGGAUUAAUUAGACGCGAUUGUAAUACCGAUUAUCUUGCGGAAUAAUUCUAUAAUAUUUCGGAAUCGACAGGAUGUCAGCUUUUGAAUGCACUGCUUUGCAAUCUCCUUUAGAAACCGAACUCGGUAAAAGAUGAUUACUUAAGUAGCAUACAUUUUCCCAUUGAUUUUCGAUGGUUUUGCCAAUUCAAAUAUAUUUUACAGAAACCACGAACACACGAACGAAUAUGCUUUCGUUCAGUUGUUCGAUAUAUAAUCACGUCAACUUUAUAGUUUAUAUUCGAAGAAGGAGUACAAUUAGGUUUUAAAAAGUUUUCUAAUUGGCGAAUAAUUUGGAGCCUGAUUAGCAGUUGCAUUACCGCUAUGUGAUUUCAGUCUACAAGGUGUAUGCGCUCCGCGUAAAUGAUAUCACCCAUUAUUCUAUGCCUUUAAAAAGAUAUCAUAUAGAGUACAUAAAAUUUUGCAAUGGAUGAGGACCAUGUUGUACAUUUCAUGAGGAGCUGUGGCAAACGGCCAGGUACGCGCUAUAUGAGUAGACAUAUCGCGGUCUUAAAAAGUCUCAUAAUUAAAAACUUUUUUAAAACCUAAUUAUGCUCUUUCCUUGAGUGCAAAAUAUAAAUCAGACGUAAUUCGCUACCGAACGACUGAAAGAAAGCAUAUUUUUGCUUAUGGUUUCUGUAAAAUAUAUUUGAAUUUGCAAGACCAUCGAACAUCAGGGUGAAAAUACAUGCCAGUUAAGUAGUCAUUUUUUACCGAGUACGGCUUGUAUAGGAGAUUGAAAAGCAGUGUAUUCAAAAGCUGACAUCCUGCCGAUUCCGAAAUAUUACAGAAUUAAGCCCUAAGACAAUCAGUUUCGCAACCGCGCCUAAGUAAUCCUUCCUAAUCGAUAACUCAUUUCAGAAUUUCAGCGAACAUUUCAUGAGAUCGGUCAAUCACUGUAGGAAUGGUUCUUGAGCUUUCUGUAUUCGUUUUCCUUCCCUGGAGGAGGAAGUAAGUCGAGCUGUCCAUGGCCGCUGAUGCAUUGUUUCGCGUGAAGAGACACAAUCUAGGGAUAUCGUCAAGGUCAGUUAAAUCAGUAAUGAUCACCGCCGUACAGCCCAGCCAAUUAGGACAAAGCUGGCUGACACCCCAAACAGUCUUUCCCGCAUAAUCAAUGCAGAAUCUACCAGAAGACUACCAGGUUCACUUUACAACUGGAAGUUGACAACACGCAGUGCGAGGAAGCUUCGUAAUCGUCAAGAUACAUGACAGUCAGCCAAGAUCGAAGCGAUCUACUUGUAACCUUGACUGUUUGCACACAGGCCGUAGUCUCGGUGAGACAAGUGGUCGCGAUGCUGCAAAACACAUCUUUUAAAACCAUUUCCAAAAUUUGGGAAACAUUAGGAUGCAACAAACCCGUACAAUCUUCCAUUUAUAAACCAGAUAUGUUUUCUAUAAAGUAAAUGUAUUUAUAAACCGCAAGUACCAACUGAAGAGGUAAUCCUAGUUUGAAAGAUAAAAUUGUAUCGAUUGUGGUUAGCCAAUUUAUCCGAAACAUUUAAUCUAAACAUCUAAAUGGUUAUAUGUUGCACACUAGGGCAUAACAUCAUAAAAAGUGACUAUCUCAGAUUCGUCCUUUCGCUCAAUCCAAUUUUCAUGUUAUAAGAUUUCUACUAGGAUAUUUAAAUGCUUCGAUUGCUUUAAAAACUCUAUUUCAGGUUCUACCGUUUGUCUGAACUCGAGGUCUGCCAUUUAGAGUUCAACUUUAUUACUGAAAUCCACGACUCGAUAUCCCAAAUGAGGUUAGUCUGAUACUGCAUAUCUUCACAAGGCUAUUUGUUGUCAGGAAAAAUAAAAGAUUAUAUUAGCAUUUGCUAAAAUAAAUUCUGGUCAUUUUUCACAAGCAUUCUCAAGCAAUUUAUGCAGCCAUUAAAAGCUCAAAAUCAGAUAAACAAAAACCAAGCAGGUCUUCAUCCAAAUUUAUUUCCACCAGGCAUCGGUCUUUUGCUUAAGAAAAUGCAUUUUGUAAAAUCUACAACAAUUAAGUCGACUAAGACCAAGGCUUAUAAGACCACUUUUUAUUAAUUUCAGUUUUAUAACUGAUUCUCCACAAGUCAGAUUGUAAUCUCUCAAACAAUUUAUUUGACCAAUUUCGAUUGUUAUAAAGAACAAACUGAAGUCAUUGUGCCCCGUUGCUCUUUAAAAUGCUUUUUGAUAGUGCAUAUUUUACUCGACCAAAGCUCCUUAUGCAUCUGACGCUCCUUUUAGUGCAAGUUAUUGUUACAGUUGACAUCAUACAAUAUUCUGGUGUUCACAGUACACUCUGUACGCAUACUGCUUUGGCCGUCAUAAUAAGCGGCGGCUUCAUGUCGCAGGUAAAGCAUUUUCAAUGGUCUGGAGUGAGCUAGUUCAGCCUCAAAUACCUCGAGUCACCAUGUCGUGCAUUGCUAUGUUGAAGACGUGCGCUUUAAUCCGCUUUACGUGCCAGUCACGACUUCCCCGCAGCUAACCGAGAUCCACAUCACACAUAAAUAGGUGACGGAAGGUCAGAAAAAAUAUAUAUAUGGUAGAUAUGCUAUCUCCAGAAAUGUUUAAAGAAUGCUUAAAAUAUGCUUUCAUUUCUAAACUGUUGCUUAAAUUAAUUGUAAUAUUAAAUGUCGCACAUCACAAUCCUAUAAUAUUUCAGUCACACCAGGAUACCGACCGUCGAUCGAGCUCCUUUUCAGCCGUCCACAAAAACUACACUCUAAAAAUGCCUGCUUAAUUUGCACAUACUUUCUCCUUAACUUUUAAUGCCAUCAUAAAUUCGACCAUAUUUCAUGGAAAAUGCGCCUACAAUAUUGCUAUUGUAAUGGGUUGGUAGCACAAUCUGCCAUAUUAAACUGUUAUACCUAAAAAUUCUAUAUUUCCGUUUGAAAAGCUUCUGGUUAUGUGAUUUUCAAGGCGUGAAAUGUCCAUAUUUACAGCUUGACGACAGCAGGUUUAUCAGUCCGGUAGGAUGCGGUUAUGUAGCCGCACCUGAUGGACACAAUACUGUUGACCUACCUGAUUAUUUUGGGUUGGUGUGAUUACGUUGGCAUGGUGUGGCUGUGCGUUGCGGUGUGUGUUCUGUUGGGGUUAGGGUUAGGUGUUAGAGGUUGGGGCUAGGGUUCGGGAUCAGGGUUGGGGUUAGAGCUUGGGACUAUGGGUUAUGGUUAGGGGAUGGCGGUAGAGGUUUGACUUAAGGGUUAGAGUUAGGGAUUAGGGCUAGGGCAACCAUUUCCCAACCAGUCAAAUACAACCGCGCAUGCCCAAUAGCUUUCCAUUCUGCACAAAAUUCCUUCACCUAGUCGACUGUGCGUUUCCCGGCCCCACCUGUAAAAACUCCUACUACCAUCGGUCUUUUUUACAGAUGGCUGGGGUUUACUCACCUCAGAUGGGUCUACCUAACCACAUCCGACCAUCCUACUUUAAAAUAUACGACCUGUUCCAUUUCCGAAGGACAAUUUUAUGAGUGAACUUUGACCUCUUUCCAGCAGCUUCAAAAACAUGACAUUCCUUGGACGGAAUGCGCACAUCAUGCACAAUAUAAACCCUGAAGUCGAGUGUAAUGUCAUGUGAGACAAAAGUUAUUCGAACAUUGACAAAGGUUUUUAAAACUGAAUGAUGAAGAAGACGUAAUACGCUACCUGAUGAGAAGAAAUGGAAAUAUUUUUAUGCACGUUUUCUGUAAAAUAGUCUUUUUUUUAUAAGGGCAUCGAAAAUCAAUAGGAAGGGCUUACAGCAUAUAAGUAGUCAUUCUUUACAGAGUGAAGUCUCUGCAAAGGGCCGAAAAGAAACUCAAGUAACAACAUGCUGACGUGUCUGAAACAUCUUGUGGUUGCUUUGCAAGACAGUUAACAGUUUCACUUAAGUAACCUUUUCGGAUCGAAAGCAAAUUUCAGAAUUUCGGUUAGUAUUCCACGUGGUAACCCAUUUAUUGCAGUUUUGUUGAGAAGAGGAAUGAGGCUCGAUCGCGAAGCAGAAAUUUUAUUCUUUAUAAACGCAUUCUCAGUGACGGCCACAGACAAAAUAAUACUGGUCUUGCUGACUUUCCCUGCACGCCGCAAAAGGUAUCGAGAAAAGUAUGGGGAAGGUACCUCUUUCAGCCAUCUGUUUAGACCUUACUAUGAACGGAAAAUACAAAGUGUUCUGAUUGGCUUGUUGUAGUAAGUAAUGUUUUUAUUAUCUGAACAAAUUUUAGGAAGUUGACUACUUUGAGUCUUCAGGGAAAUGACCUAAAGUACGUCCCCUUUGGCCUCUUUGAGCUGCUAACCGAUCAAGUAUUACAAGUCAACCUCGACUACAAUCCUAUGCACUGUCUUUUACCCCUGGAGGAAAUCGUGCUUUUCGAGAAAGCAAAAGAACUUCCAAAACGUCUCAAUGACAGGUCCACGAAUGAGACCCAAGCUCAAGACGCUGAGCGGGUGAUGGACAAUACAUCAGCUGAGUAAGUCUUACUGAACCCCCCCCCCGUUAUCUGACGACUAAGUGUGCGGCUUAGACCGUCUACUUACUUAAGGUGUGUUGGGAUGCAGUUUAACGAGACAUGGAUAGGGUUUUGGAACAAUGUGUAGUUUGAAAUAAGUUCGUUUUUGAGGACAAAAGAUCUUAGCUGUGCAAAAUACUUAUGACAGUUUGACCGUCGCAGACGAUGAAGUUUACCACUUCCUCCGAGACUACGCCCAGCAACAGUGACUUUAGCGUUAUAGUGAGAUAGGCAUGCGUAGCGUCUACCACACCGUCUUUUCCCUCACCUGCGUUGCACCGACGCCUGGGCAGCAUCACGAGGAUCGACAGACAGCUGCAGGCACAGUUGGCGUCAAAGCUAAAACGCCUGUCUACAGUGGGUGGGUGAACUCAUGAAACGUCAACCAAAAUUCCGAAACAUGUUUUCGUUUCGAAAAGAUUAAUUAGGUAGGCUUGUAAGACCGGUCAUCGUGAAGCAUAAUUCUAUAAAAUUCGUUUAUCUCAGGAUGCCGGCUUUCGAAUGAACUUCCUUCCGACGGCAUACAAGAACUACACUAUGUAAAAAAUGACUACUUAAGUAGCAUGCAUUUUUCUCGCUGAUUUUCGAUGCCCCUAAAAGUCCAAUUAUACUUCAUAGAAAACAUGAAAAAUGAUAUUCAUUCUUUUGCUCAUUCAGUAGAAAACUACGUCGUCUUCCACUCUUGCACUCACAGAAAGGGUAAUAUUCCAUUUUUUAAAAACUUUUCCGAUUCCCGAAUAAUUUUGAACCCGACCUGCUGUUAUACUUGCAUUCAGGGUUUCCAACGUACAAACCGUAUAUUUUCUGGGUACGGAAAACCAUACAUUUCUCUACCGUAUUAAGAGGACGCGAUAUAGGGUUCAUAAAAUUAAGCAGUGGGUUUGAGCCAGAUUGUUAACUUUACAAGCCACAUUGGUAAAUGCAAAGACAUCACUUUUUAUGAAGGGAAAUUUCACGGUAAUAAAACAUCUCACAAUAAGAAACGUUUUAAAACCGAAAUAUGCUCAUCAGAAACUUUUUAAAAUUGAAUUAUAUUCUUCCUUCGAGUAUCAAAUUGAAAGAAGCCAUAAUUGUAUACCGAAUGAGCGAAAGAAUGAAUAUUUUUUAUUCAUGUUUCCUACGAAAUAUAAUUGGACUUUUAAGGGCAUCGAAAAUCAAUGAGAAAAAUACAUGCUACUUAAGUGGCCAUUUUUUACCGAGUAUGGUUUUUGAAUGCAACAGAAAAGACGUUGUUUUUCGAAAGCCGGCAUCCUGAUGUAACUGAAGUAUGACAUAAUUAUGCUGCAAGUUUAGUAGUUUGACAACCGUACUUGAUUACUCUUUUCGAAACGGAAGCCCAUUUCAGAAUUUCGGUUGGCAUUUUAUGAGUUAGCCAACCUACUGGACGUCCGUCACACACGAUCUGCUUUCAACUAGUGACCCCCCCUAAAGCGGUUCACACGGCAGAUAUGCUGAACCAACAAGGAGGCUGCAUCGGAUUCAGGCAGGUGUUGUCGGUAAUGCGCGCUCAUAAAAAAUUGUUAACAUUUGGGGUACGUUGUCUGGUCCAGUUGUAGGCUCAUGCUACGCCAACCGAGAUCCGAUCCGUCCCCAGUUUUAUUGCUAUUUAAAAUCCUGGUCAAGUUGUUGUUGCCAGCCAGGAAGCGUGGCGGUACGCCUGUGUGCGGGGUUACGCUGUGCCAGUAGUCUGCGUCCUCUCCCGCCUGCGGUCGUUUUGACUCUGUCUUGACACCGGGUCCAGGUGGGAGAGGAGGAGAUAAUGCAGUAUAUGUUGCGCAAGUACACUAUCAUUGUAAACUGAUUUGCGCGCAAGUCGCUGUUCAUGCUCUCAACCUGCUGUGGUGCACGAAGCAACAUCGUCGAAACCGGGGUUAGAAGUGACAGUUUCAACUUCCUUUACCAAGCUACACCUAGGACGUCUCGCGUAUCAUAUGCUUGAGAAGAUAAUGAAUGCCUGCCUGUGAGCUCUGAAACAGACCAGCUAAUCCAGUCAGUUGGUGGACUUUCAGUUGCGCCCCCCAGACGGGCUACGUGGAAGAUGCGCUGGACCAGACGGGGCCACAUCGGAGUCUGGCAGGUGUUAUCGGAUUGCACACCACUUACAAAUGCCAGCAUUUUGGGGUGCGAUGGCAGACCCGGUUGACGGCAGCCGUCGCGCACACUGGGACGCCUGUCACUCCCCGCUCAUUGUUGUUGGUCAAAAACCCGGUCAUUUGCUGUGUGGACCAGGGGGUGUGGAGUGUAACGCCAAGGUGCGAACUCGGCCGUACCAUCCACCUGCGCCCUCCCCCGCCUCUGUCUGGAUACCAAGCUCAGGUGGCGGCGGAGGAGGAGAGAGUGGGGUAAAUGCUUUUCAAGUGUACUAUUACUAUAAAUCACGCACAAGUCACCGUACCUGCUCCGACCCUGCUGUGGAACACACAGUGGACGUCGUCGGCAACGAUGUUAAACUUUCCAGUCAGGACACUUAGCGUGUUGUGAUAGAUUCGAGCCUGUCAAGCGGUUCGUUACGGAGUGAUGAGCUGAUUUUCCGUGAAGAUCUCAUUGUCUCUUCCCUCUCACAUGCACCAGUCGACUAUCUGAGCCCGGUCAUGCGACGGGCAGGCAGUGGUGUCAAGGCCUACGUCAAAGUCUGUCUGUACUGCAGACUCGCGUGGAAUCUGCACCGCCUAAUUAACGCGCACGGUGAGCCCGUCGGAUACCCGUUUUACUCCCAGCGCCUCUACAGCACAACCCCUUUAUGACGGCUAAGCAUGCGCAUACCGGACAUGUUCGUCCCGAGGCGCCCUAGGGCCCAAUCUAGAGUAUUCACUGGCACUCACAACGGAACUGGUGAUGGCCAUUCCUGGCUCCGGUUAGGGGUAAACCGUAGGUCACAAACUAUAUCUCGCUGAUAGUUAGUACAACUUAAAACCCAUCUGUCUUUUCGGGAGAACUCAGGUAUGGUCGGGGGAAUCAACUAGAGGCACGGUGACAGCGAUUAUGCCGGGGGGGGGGUGGGGGGAGGGAAGAAACGGAAAACUGCAGAUUUUACGGGGCUAUCAUAAAAUGGCCGACUACAGACGCGAAAGGACGGUCAUAAACUCGCGACAGAAUGUUCAGAAAGACAUUUGUAACUUUACAUGCAAUCUGGAAUAGUGUGUCGCAUUCCGUGUCAAAAUUGUCCUUGUAGCUACACAGGACAGACUGGACGCAUGCUCAGAUCGCGCAUACACGAACAUAAGCUGGCUGUGCGGCGAGGCGACGCAUUAUCACAAGUAACCGCCCAAACCUACGAAAUGGGUCACGAGUUUAACUUUGCAGUCACCAAAAUAGUCGCCCACGCCGGAAACAAAACAGGCCGAGAAUUGAUUGAAGCCUGGGCCUCGGAUGAGAACUCGGUCAAUCGAUUUAUCGACCUGGCGCCGGCGUACGGAGACCUGCGUAGUCAACUCCAGUCGUGCGACGUCGGUCGACGAUUGGACCUACGUGCCUUAUAA